AUAGCAAAGCUCUUUCUGAAGAAAUAUUAAAUCCAUUAUCAGCUCAACAAAAAAUAGAAGUUUUAAAAUUAUAUUAUGAUUCACAACGAAAAUUACUUAACAAGUUACUUGAAGAAAAAAGAAUUGAGCAAGCUAUUAUAGAAAUAUCUACUAUAGAGCCACCUAAACAAGAUAAACAUCAGUCAUCUAAAAUUAAACUUUGGGAGCUUUGCUCAUAG